AUGUUGGAACGGAAAGUGUUGAACAAAUAYUAUCCCCCGGAUUUCAAUCCGGCCAAGAUCCCAAAGCUGAAGCUCCCAAAGGACCGGCAGUACAUAGUGAGGUUCAUGGCCCCCUUCAACAUGAGGUGCAAGACCUGUGGUGAGUACAUCUACAAGGGCAGGAAGUUCAGUGCCUGCAAGGAGACGGUGCAGAACAAACUCUACCUGGGGCUGCCCAUCUUCCGCUUCUACAUCAAGUGCACACGCUGCCUGGCUGAAAUCACCUUCAAGACAGACCCCGAGAACACGGAUUACACCAUGGAGCACGGUGCCACGCGCAACUUCCAGGCCGAGAAGCUCCUGGAGCAGGAGGAGAAGAGGAUGCAGAAGGAGAGGGAAGAGGAAGAGCUCAACAAUUCCAUGAAGGCCCUGGAGAACCGAACCAAGGAAUCCAAGCUGGAGACGGAGGUCCUGGAGAACCUGCAGGAGCUGAAGGAGCUCAACCAGCGCCAGGCCAGCAUGGAUUUCGAGGCCAUGCUGAAGCAGCACAAGGAGCUGGAGGAGGAGCAGAGGCACAAGGAGCAGGAAAAGGCCAUGCUGGAACAGGCCCAGAAUCGCCAGCUCCUGGCGGAUUCCAACUCGGAUGAGGAGCCAGCCAAACCCUGCCCGGAUCCCACAGCCAGGACAAAACCCACAGACAUCCUGCAGGAGGAMCCCCAGCCCCAGAGCAAGAAGCCCAGAACAGAGAGCUGGGAGUGCAGCGUGGGCAAGCUCAGCACCAAGGCCCAGCUGGCCAGGCUGGUGGCCCCGAGGAAGCAGAAGCCGGCCCCUGGCCCGGACAACGGGAUGGAAACACGAGGAAACAGCAGCUCCCUUCCAGCACCAGCAGCCACAGCCACAUCCUCCCGGGGUCUGUUGGGAGCCUACUCGGACAGUGAGGACAGCACCAGCGACUGA